UGGUAAUUCUAUUUUAUUUUUUCGCACUUUCCUGCUCUCUCUCUCUCUCUCCCUUGCGCUCUGAACUCGAUCGUCAGGUUCCUCACCCUCCCUUCUCUCUCUUGGAGUCGAAUUUCCUCUUGAGAAAGAUAAUCGUUCUUCUCAAUUUCCGUGUAAAUUUCCUAUCUGGAGGAAAAAAAAAGCUUCAUCUUCGAGGAUUCGAUUCCAAGAGAUCCAUUGUUUUGUUUCUUGAUUACUCCAUUUUGCUUCAUAGGGUUUCGUUGUUCAUCGCUGUAGAAAUCAUUUUGCUUCUUAGGUUUUCCUUUCCCCACUCUAUUCGUCGACGUUUCUGCUUAAGUUUUGUUUUUUGUUUUUUGUUUUUUGUUUUCUUGGUAUUUGUGGGUUUAUUUGACUCUGCAGAGUUCGGAUUAUGUUUUUGUAGGUGAAUAUAGAAAAAUCGAGAACGGUAUAUAGCAGGAUUAGUUUGAUUUGAUUUAAAGGAAAAAAAAUAGCUGUUGUUUCUUAUGAUGUAGAUAAUUUUGAUGCGAUUGACGAGAUGAUCGUUUUUUGUGUUUCCCCUUUUUGUCAAGCUAAGAAAGUUUUUCCUUUUAUUUUUUGGAAGAAGCUCUGAAAUUCUGGUGCGUUGUUUUAGUUUGCGAUCCAAAAUUGAGGGUUUCUUGUAAUUACUCCUCUUCAUUUUUCUUUUUCUUCUAUUUCUAUUUCGUUUAUCACGUCUUUCACCUUUUUUCAUAGUUUUUUUUGGGAGACUAUUGGGAAUUUAGGGUUAUAGUUUAGGUUGGGGUUGGUAGGAUCCUCGAUGACUCUUAAUUUUUCUUGUCGUCCUUUCUUCCCUUUGCACUUUUCCGAGGACAAUUUAGUUUCUCCAAUGAGGAUUGCCAAUGGUUAUAUUGUCGAGGGAAUUCCUGAGAAUAAUGCCGAAGGCUGUGGAAACCCAUGGCAUCUUGGCCGGGAGGUGGGUGCUUGUUUUGAUCAUGGAAAGGAUAUAUGUUCAGAUAGCUCACAGGAUCCUGUCUCUAAGGACAUCCUUGAUAUUCUGCCUGCGGAUCCAUUUGGCAUGGAUAUAAGUUCCACCUUUACAGCAAUUACAGGAUGGCUUGAGGACAUGGAAGUGGACUAUGCUGAGUGUGUCAGGGACAGGGGUGGUGCUAGCGAAACGAAUAUCGAGUUAUUUGCAGGUCUGAAUUUUAUUUGGAACAACACUUUGAAGUUCCAGAAGUUCCCUGAGAUUAAAAGUAUUGAUCAGAAACCUUAUCCAAUGUAUAGCUGUGAUGGGUGUCCGGAUGGGAAGGUAACUGGCGAUGUGUCCUGCUGUUGUGAUUUUGGAUCCAUUUGUAGUAUGGAUGAAGCAUUUUUGGCUAAUGACGAUCCUCCUAGCUGUGGUGAGCAGCAGGAUAUAGAAUGUCAGGAGCAGAAUUGCACCUAUUCGGAGAUAGAUGGAGGAUCCCCUCAUGCAGCCUUAAGCUUUGCACUUUGUUAUUUGGGUGUUCAGGAUCUACUCUCUGUUGGGAGGGUUUGCAGAUCUCUUCAUUCAGUGGUAGAGGGCGACCCCCUUUUAUGGAGGAACAUUCGCAUUGAUCAACCAUUGAAUGAGAAGAUUACUGAUGACAUUCUAUUGCAAUUAACUAAUAGGGCUCGAGGUAACCUGCAAAGCUUGAGUCUUGUGGAAUGCCCAAGAAUUACAGACGAGGGUCUGAAGCAUGUGCUUGAAAGCAAUCCUAGGCUUACAAAAUUGUCCGUUCCUGGAUGUACUAGACUCAGUAUUGAAGGUGUUGUUAGCAGCUUGAGGGCUUUCAAGUUGACGAGUACUCAAGGAGUGAAACAUCUACGAAUUGGUGGAUUAUAUGGGGUGACACAAGAACAUUUUGAAGAGUUGAAGUUAUUACUGGGAAGUGACUGCAACCUUACGCAGCAAAAUUCUUAUAAGCCACAUAUUUAUCACAGGGGAAACUUUUAUGUGUCUUGUGAUGAUGAACGUGCUAUUGAUAUUGAAAAAUGUCCAAGGUGCCAAAACCUGAGGCUUGUCUAUGAUUGCCCAGUGGAUGGUUGUCAGGGAAAAGAACAUGCAACUCAAGCAUGUAAAGGAUGCACCCUUUGUAUACCGCGAUGUAUCCAAUGUGGUCGAUGCAUUAAUGAGAGUGAGUAUGUGGAAACAUUUUGCUUGGAAUUGCUCUGCUCAGAUUGCUGGAAGCCAUUACUGAAAUGUCAAGAGAAACAGGAUUGGAGGACGUUGACCGACUUCUAAUUAAUUCUUGGCAUGGACGUGAGUUGCUCAAUUGGCUUCAUUGAAAAAAAGAAAAAGAAAAAAAAAAAGAAAAAAAAAAAGAAAAAAAGGAAAGAAAAAACUAGAAUCAUUCAUGUGGUUCCUGUUAUUUUAAUCUUAAGCUCUAGAGUCAGCUUCCUUUAGGUUCUAUGUAUGGCAGCUGCUAUUGUUAAUCCUCCAGUGUCGAAGGGGGAAACUUUAAGAGAAUAAGUAGUAAAUGCAAAUUAGUGAUGUAGUGAAUAAGAAGAAUCUCUUGUGCUGCAGAAGGCUUCUUACCAUCAUUGUUUGAUGUACAUGUGUAGUCGAUCAAGCUUGUAAGGUGAUCUCUAGGAUCUUGGUCGUACUGUUAAUGAAAUGGUGUGAGCAUUGGAAUGCUCAGCUCUAUUAGUACCAUUCUCACCUCGAGGCGAGAAGACUCAAGAUUCUUGGAAAGCAAGAUGAGGACGUCUUUUUCUAAUAGUGUCUACUCUACCACGAUGUGUUGUGCCCUGUGUAAGCUCAGCUGAGAUUUAUGAAAAAAGGGAACACAAGCUUGCUCGGUAUCUAUGUAAUGUGGGAAGUUUGGCGUCUCUGUUAUAGCCCUGGUAUCUUCAUGAAGAAAGCUGCCGUUGGCCUGCCUGUGAGGUUCUUUUCCGAUGGGAUUUCUUGUUGGCUACGUGCAUUCUCAAGGUUUUGAUCUCUGUUAUAGCUCGAAUGUAUUGAGGGAUCAGUUCCAUAUCCUGUGCGGCGUCAUCAAAAGUUUGCUGUCUCUUAACAUUUUUUUUUUUUUUUUUGCAUUUUCGCUUCUUCAUCCAGCAGUACUUUUGCUACUACCUAUGAUCGUGUACUUCCUCUGGUUGGACUUGUCCUAACGUCAUUAUCACCAUGAAACUUGCUCGGUCUUGUUUCUUAUUGGUUAUGAAUAUGAUUUAUGAGGGGAAUUGUGUUUACAAUAA